AUGGCCUAUGACCGAUAUUUGGCUAUUUGUAACCCUUUAAGGUAUUUCUCCAUUAUGAACAUCAAGACACAACAUUUUUUGGUACUGUGGUCCUGGGUUUCUGGUUUCAUGGCGAUGGUCAUAUUAACUACCUCCAUGUGUAGAUUACAGUUCUGUGGGUUCAACACCAUUGAUCAUUUAUUUUGUGACCUAGCUCCAUUAUUACAGUUGUCCUCAACAGAUACUUAUUUCGUGGAAAUGCAAUCUUUGGCGCUCACCAUUGCUUUUAGCCUGGUCCCUUUUAUGUUGAUACUUUCAAGCUAUGUCUCCAUCAUUUUCAGCUUAGUGAGAAUUUCCUCCAGGACCGGUAGACAGAAAUCUUUCUCCACCUGCAGUUCACAUCUGGCGUCUGUUUGUACGUAUUUUGGGACAAUCUUCAUCAUUUAUUUGGCGCCCUCUGAAAAGACUUCUGCCAAAUUAAACAAGAACCUGUCUCUACUUUACACGAUUGGAACGCCUCUGUUAAACCCCAUCAUCUACAGUCUACGGAACCAAGAGAUAAAGUCUUGUAUCAAAACGUAUUUUACACCAAAGGCAUGA